GCUCAAUCAGUCGCAUUAAACUGUGGAGCUGAUCAGAGGCGCGCACGUGCGCAGUUUGGGUUCGAGUCUCCCUGCAGGCAUUUUGCGCUCUGCUGUUUUCUUUUUCUUUUGUAAAAGCUCUCUUUCUAAACAGUAAAAAUGAAGGAAAGGAGAAACACACAACCACUUGUGAUUAGAUGUAAACUCGUUCUGGUUGGUGACGUGCAAUGCGGGAAAACAGCUAUGCUGCAGGUCCUGGCAAAGGAUUGCUAUCCAGAGACCUAUGUGCCCACCGUGUUUGAGAACUACACAGCAUGCCUGGAGCUUGAAGAUCAGCGUGUGGAGUUGAGUUUGUGGGACACGUCAGGUUCUCCUUACUAUGACAAUGUGAGGCCACUAUGUUACAGUGACUCUGAUGCCGUGCUCCUGUGCUUCGACAUCAGCCGUCCAGACACGGUCGAGAGUGGACUAAAGAAGUGGAAGACAGAGAUCAUGGACUUCUGCCCCAACACGCGCAUUCUGCUCGUUGGCUGCAAAACGGACCUGCGCACAGAUGUGUGUACUCUGAUGGAACUUUCCAAUCAGAAACAAACGCCCAUUACCCAAGAGCAGGGUUCAGCCAUGGCCAAGCAGCUGGGGGCCGAGGCGUACCUGGAGUGCUCAGCCUUCACAUCAGAGAAGAGCAUCCACAGCGUUUUCCGCACCGCGGCUCUGGCCUGCGUCAACAAGCUUCAGCCUCUGGCCAAGUCCAGCCCUAACCGCCGCCUCUCCAAACGCCUCCUCCACCUGCCCAGCCGCACCGAGUUGCUCUCUUCCACCUUCAAGAAGGAGAAGGCCAAGAGCUGCUCAGUCAUGUGAGCAGUGGAGUUGCCCACCUCACCCCGUGAGCUUCUCCCUCCCCCGUGCUUUAGUCCGGGGAAGGGGGGUGGGUUUAACGAUGUCCUCGUCGCCGAAGGCUUCGUCCGGGAAUCCUUCCUCACCCCCCGACAACAUGCAUUUCAGAACAAGUGGACACUUUGCUGUCCGCUUUGUCCUGAUCUCUACACCAGUGCAUACCUGUCUUACACAGUACAGUAUCUUGCUUUUCUCGAUCGAGGUUUGAUCAUCAGCCGUCAUCCCUUCAUCCUUUACCGUGCUAAGAGAAUUUGUGGUCCAACUUAGUAAAUAAGGAACCAGUGUUCAGCAUAUGAGGUUCAGUAACAUGACAUAAAUGUGACAGAGACAAUAACAUAUCAUUGGCUAUUGAGUGUCAAAUAUAAUCUUCAAAAAAAAAAAUUCAAACAUAUAGAAUAUGUGCAAAAGAUUGUCUGUGAGAGUAAGACUCCAAUUGGUGGAGGGUAAGGAAGCUGUGUAAGGCCCAGGUUAUUAUAAAGGUGUUAGAGAAAGAGGUUGUUGGCCAUGAAGGCUUAUCAGGCAUUAUAAUGCUGACUGAAUUGGCUGCUGUGCAGACUGGAUACUGUAAUUCUGUUGGAAUCUGACUGUAAUGUUGGGCUUUCUUGAACAGCCGAACAUUAAAAAAAUGGUCGAACGUUGUAAUUGAUGAAGUAAGGACGUGAGGGAGGGGAAGCUAAAACAAAUUUGCAGCCAGCGAUUUUCCAAAGGCAACCAAAGACAAGCUUACGAUCUCCUCUGAUUAAAUACCACCUGAUAUAUAAAUGCCUCUGCAUUUAAAGAGACAAUAAAUAAUUGCCCAAGACAAAAAGAGGGAGGUAUAACUGUUGGCCCAUUGGUGCAUGAGAGAGCCAUGUAUCUGUGAGCCUUGAGGGAACUCCAAAUCAUCCAACAUCAAGCUGAAUUGGACUUCAGUCUAGACAAUUUAGGUUCUUAAGGAUGAUUUUCAUUUUCUCCAGAAGCUGUUGUAGCACCGUGUUGAAAUUUGCUCAAUUCAACAAGGCUUUAAAACAAACCGAAACGUAUGCAGACGAGAUUGUCUUUCGAUCAGCUUUUAUUAAAUCUGCAUCUAGACUGAAAUCCAACCAUCUUCACAUGCCAUUUAUAAUGGGUUUUAUACACAUUUCCUAAGAAUCUUGAUGUAGCACUCCACCUCCUCUUUCCUGUGUACAGGUUUUUCUUUGCCUUGUUGCCCGAUCUGGUCUACGGAAGUCUAGAGACAGACUUUUGCGGCAGGUCGCUACAUAUCUAAAUAUGGCUCCUUCUAAAUAAAUUCUUAAGCUUGGACCGUUUUUGUGUGCAGUGCUGCUCUCGAAAAAUCUGCUUUUAACCACAAAGCAAUAACGAUUGACGUGCUUGUGACGCAAAGUAUUUAGAGUGGCAAUAAGAAAAACAUAAAAUUUGCUUUGUGAUUCUAAACGUCAUGCGACAGCUUUGUGGUCGUGCGUGGCUGUGCCUCCAUUACCUGCUGUAAAAACAAGCCAGUCUUAUCGUAAUUCUGUUGUAGCAAGGGUUGUUUUGUGGAGUAAACCUGUGUCACAAAGUAAUGUCGGAUUUAUGAACAACCCAACCAUUCAAGUACAACACAUUAAUGUAACAUUUCUGGUCAGGAAGGAUUACGGGCUUGGGAUAGGUGACAGCUCGAGGGAUGUUGACAAGCAGUCAAGAGAAGCAGUAAGGGGCCUUCAUGGGUCUCUAAAUUCAGACGGUUUUAACGUAUGGAACAAUUGUUAGCACUAUCUAGGAAGCCCGCUUUCAUAAAUCAUUACAAAUGUGCUUAUAAUUGUGUGUAAUGGUUCCAUGCAAGCAUUUUGUCAACUCUAAUAGCAUAAUGUAUCAUGAGUGUUAAUCGUAACAAAACAUGUGCCAUGCAAAUGUCAAUACUGUGACUAUCAAGUAUCUAGUAAUGUUUAGUAAUCUAGUAAUGACACUUCCAGAGUCAUCCCAGAAUUGAAGACACGUGUAGCACCUAGCCACAUAAAAAAACCUGCAUUCCUUUUUAUGAAAUAAAAACAAAACUUCCACUUCGUUAUCUAACUAAUGUAGCUAGCUAAUGCGCCUCAUUUAAAAAUCAACUAGCUAACAUUAUAAGCGUAAAUGCAUGCGUGUACCCGGUCUGAACAAAAUGGAAUCCCUAUUUAGUGCUUGUUACGAUCCGUCUAGAGACUUAGACCAGAGUUUUAGCUUUGGAGUGAAGUUAAUUCUAAAAUCGGAACUCUGACAAGACCAAACUAAUAAACAAAAACCCCAAAACUCAACCCUCCUUCUAGUUAACCUAACCAAAAUUAAAACCGUAAAAGAAAAUGUAGAUCACGUUCCUUAGCCACCUAGCAACAAUCUAAACAAAGACAAAGAAAAUGACAACAAAAGACAGUCAAAUGGUAUCAGAAUCGGACUAACCUUGUCACAGAUAGUCGCAAAGUAUGUAAAUACAGUAUAUUACAAAUCAUUAAUAUCAUAUACAAAGCAAAAAACACAAUAAAUGCCCUAUAUAGAAAACCGAAGGUCUUAAACUAAGUAUAUAACAAGCAGUUCCCCCUGGGUGGAAGUCUUGAGGGAGGCAGCACCAAUCACGGCAGUAACCCAGUCAGAUGUUGCCACCGCUAUAACACACUUGCACACAGACAGCAAAACAGCCAGGGUUGUAAAGUGCAACGUGUCCUUGUCUUUUUUGUGGCAAGUCGUCUAGCUAGGUGCACACUUCAAAUAGGUGCAAAUGUGGUCAAAUUUCUAAACAAUAAAAAUACAGUAUAAAGUUUUCAAAGCUCUGGCUCCGUUACAGGUCUUUGUGAAAAUUAUUUAGACACUAUAAGUCAGGGGUGUCCAUUCUUGUACACAAAGGGAUGGUGUGGAUGCAGGUUUUCAGUCCAAUCAGGCAAGAGCCACAUCUGAUUCCAGCUGAUAAUCAACUGAUCUUGGUUUUCAGUAGACUCAGGUGUGGCUUCUGCUCAGUUGGAAUGAAUACCUGCACCUUUGCGGAUCAGAACAGCGACACCCCUGCUAGAAGUCCUUGUAGAUCCUGAGGGGCGGAGCUUCGUGAAAAUGGGUGGGAAUCACUCAAAUGUUGAACUCAAUUUUAAGGGGAAAAAACCUACCUUACCUACAGCAUCUCAAGUUUUUAGAGGUGUAUGUAUGUGUGUGUAUACAUAACAUAUAUAUAUAUAUAUAUGUUAUGUCACAAAGUUGCAAGUCAUGUUUGUCGACUUUAUAAAUGUGUUAUAAAACAUUAGAGCUUUAUAAGGCACUGGGGUGAAUAAACUGCUUACAAGGAAUGACUUACAAACUAAUGAUAAGCACAGUUAGAAAAGAAACAUUGAAUAUGGGUUUCAUAGAAAGUAUUGACUACUGAUGAUAGCUUAAAAGUAUGAAAAUCUUAAGAUUUGGGGAUUUUUGGGAUGAAACUUAACAGGCUGGCCCUGUUUAACAAGAAUAUUGUUGGAUUUGAGCCAUUGUGAAGUAAAUUUUUCUUUUUAGGUCCCUUUUUUUUUUUUCGGUCACCCAGCAUCAGUAAUUCCUACAUGGUCCAUCAGCGGUCAUGUGUGCUUUCAGGAGGUGAUUGUGUGAGCUAUUAUUCUUUGGUCACACGCUGAAUUACUCUGCAUUGCCUAGCAACAGUUCAAGUAAAGGAAGCGCAAAUGCCUCUUUGAGAGACUUCACGUGACUCGCCUGGAACUGCAGUCGCACACACGAUUUUAUCGAUUUUCCUGACAGGACAUUCAAAAGAUUUUUUCAUGAUCAAAUCUGUUUUGUUUUUGUUUUGGGUUGUUAAGAGAUUCGCUCAUCUAAAAUCGUAUCGUUUCCUGAUGUUCCACCAUGACGCUGCCGUUGUGUACUAGUGGGCACAAAUAUACUUACAGCAUGUCUUCUAACAAUGACCAGAUGUACAUAUCUUCUUUUAUAAUCUUUGUAAGACAUCGAAAACAAUGCCAUGAUCUAAAUAUUUGUUCUUGUUGUUGGUUGACAAAGAUGUGUUGUGAUUGAUGUACAAUAAUUCAGUCCUAUUUAUUUGAAUACGACGUUGAUGAUAUUGUUUGGGGGUUUUUACAUGUAACUUUUUUUUUUUUGUUUGUUUGUUUGUUUUUCCCCAGAGAGUUAUUUUUGACAUCAGUUCCUCUUCAUUGAUUACUCGUCUUUCCAGUAAUAAAGCUUGCCUUGUACGGCAUUCAUGAAA